AUGGCCAUCAGACUCAACUCCGUCUUCCUCAUCCACCUCCUCGUCACCCUCCUCUCCAUCCUCUCCUUCAUCCUGUCACUCCUCGCCUGGACCCGCACACAAACCCUCUCCCUCCCGCUCCCCCAUAGCCUCCCAAUCCUCACCACCCUCCUAACUCCCUACACCCUCGCAACCCUAACCGCAACGACCCUCCUCAAACGCACCGCCUCCCCCAAAUCAACCCUGAUAAUUCCGAUCCUCAACACCCUCCACACUGUGUUGACAAGUAUCCUCCUCACCCUCACCCUAACCUACCUGAACAACACCACAGGGAUAAGCAGCUGCACCCUCGACCAAACCUGGCAGGAGUAUUUCCACGCCCGCGACGCGGCGACCAUCCGCACGAUCCAGGAUAGAUUGCAGUGCUGUGGGCUGCGCAGUGUGCGGGACCGCGCGUGGCCGUUUAAGGACCGGGAUCAUGGCGAUGAUGCAUUGCGUUUUGGGUUCUUCGGGUAA